AUGAGAAGUCGGGGUAGCCAUGCAGAAGGAGGAUGGUACCGAUCGGCGUCGUCUCCGGCCUGCCGCGAAGGUAAUGAUAGGAGGCGACUGGAACGACCGCAGCGGUUGAAUUACACUCCGCACUUGACUCUGCGUGGGCACAAGAGGGGGAUUGCUGCGGUCAAGUUCUCGCCAGACGGGAAGUGGAUUGCGAGUUGCUCGGCGGAUAGCACCAUCAAGAUAUGGAAUGCGCAUACGGGACAGCUAUCGCAAACACUGGAAGGCCACAUGGCCGGAAUCUCUACAAUCGCUUGGAGUCCAGAUUCGAAAGUCCUGGCUAGUGGAUCUGACGACAAGCUCAUUCGACUGUGGGACAUUUCGACGGGCAAGAGCUUUCCAACCCCACUCCAAGGGCAUCACAACUACGUCUACAGCGUGGCGUUCUCGCCCAAGGGGAAUAUGCUGGUGUCGGGGUCCUAUGACGAGGCCGUCUUCCUGUGGGACGUACGAACAGCACGGCUGAUGCGCAGCUUGCCCGCGCACUCAGACCCGGUAUCAGGAGUUGACUUUGUGCGAGACGGCACCCUCGUAGCGUCAUGCUCUAGUGACGGCUUGAUCCGAAUAUGGGACACCAGUACCGGCCAAUGCUUGAAAACUGUGGUGCACGAAGACAACGCUGCAGUCACCAGCGUCAGGUUCUCGCCCAAUGGAAGUUAUGUGGUUGCAGCUACUCUGGACUCCUGCCUACGACUAUGGGACUAUGUCGAGGGGCGGUGCCUUAAGACGUAUCAAGGGCACAAGAACGAGAAAUUCAGCAUCAAUGCAUGCUUCGGGAAAUACGGUGUCAAUCCUGACACGCAAUCUGAACCCCCAAACGCCGACCAAGAUCCCGAAAUCAGCGAUGACCAGACCUGGGCAUUCCUGGCUUGUGGCAGCGAGGAUGGGAAGGUCGUGCUUUGGGAUGUGAGCUCAAAGGAGAUUCUGCAAACAUUCCACGGACAUGAAGGCGCGGUGCUGGGAGUUGAUGUUCGCUCAGCAGAUCAAAGCAUCGUGACUUGCGGUAUUGACAAGACCAUAAAAGUGUGGAAUCGGGCACCUCUGCCACCGGACGCUGACGAGAUCACGAAUGGGAAUGGGAACGGGCACCGCGAAGUUGCACCGCCAGUGAGAAGUGAGCAGGUCUCAGAUGAGGAGCACGUCAAAGACUCAGAUGCAUGA